ACGCAACAUAUAUUGGAUGCAACAAAAGAAACGCUGUCCCAAAACCUCACAUUACAAAGAACAGUCGUUAAACAACACUUGUUGGGUAAGACGGAUGUAUCACGUAUUGAGAAUUCGGAACCUGUAACUGGACAAAAACGAUCUUACGAGGAAGAAUUACAUUCAACGCCACCACCAAAUAAGAUCAGAACAAUAAGUGCGGGAUGCGAUAGUGAUUCACCACCCUACGACGAAGAUUAUUUCUCAUCAGACUCAGAUUCUGACUCCGAGAUUUUACCUGUUCCUCUUACGAACGUCUUUCUCGAAACUUCCGUUGAGCCUGAGAGAAAUCCAGACCAGACAACUGAAUUGGAUACAUCUUUAAUAUCAACAAAGAAAGUGGAGGUUAAGGGUCAGAAAAUCGGAAGACCAUACAUUACUCACGACAUAGCGGAGGAAGUCCUCAAGAAAUAUCGAAUGUGCGUUUUGGCGGGCAAGAAGUUGAUAUACAAUGGUAUAGACGUGUUGGACCUUGUUCGCUCAAACAUGAAUAAAAAUAAGACUACAAAAACUCCUCUAUGUAUUGGUGUCAUUAACUUCCAUAAUCCCGACUGCACCAAGUUUUUACCUGAUGACUUUAAACACUUUAUUGCCAACCAACUUCAAGACUCCGAGAUCAAGGCUGUCAACUUUGCUACCGAAUUAAGCAUCGACAAGUUUGUGGUGGACUGUGAGGAAGAAGUAUUGCAAUUCUUGGAGAAGUUCCAUGAUGUAGGAGAUUUGGAGUCUUUGGCGAGAUGUCUGAAUGAAAAUCCGAUUGAUAUGUCCGUCGCAUCGAACGAUCUUAUUUAUGUGCGGACUCUCUUCGAUCAUUUCUUCUUCCUAUACAGGAAUGACAUUCUACUACAGUCCAUGUCUGAAAGCGAGCUUAAUGCGUAUGUUUGGACUCCGUUAUUUAGGAAUGCCUUUCUCGGAAAGGAUGAUAUGAAAUUAAGUUGCGGGGAGCUAGCUUCUAAGUCAUACGAAAAACUCAAAGAAAUCCUAAACAUUGCUGGUCGUAGUGCUCCAAAGUUAGAUGGUAAAGGAUUCCUUAAAUCUUUAGGCACCGAGAUCCUUGCUCAAGAAGACGGUGUCCUAAACACCCACAGCAAAAGGACAGGAGAUCUCCGAAAAUUAGAGUAUUGCUCCAAAGUGAUCCUCACAACCUUAUUCUUUGUGCUACCCUCUGCCGCCAAAGCUGAUAUCACGAAAAUCGAAACUUACAAUCUUCAAUCGAAUGGAUUUCAUCUCAAAAUUUCUGCAUCGAAGUAUUUGUUUGAAGAUACCAUUGUUACGAUGGAUUUACAGCAUGUGGAAGUUCCAAGGACCGUGGAGGGAUUUUCUAAGCUGGUG